GCGGCAUUUUGCUCGUCCCCACAUCAUGUGGCUUCAGGUUCAGCGUCACCUGUCGCAGCUCGUGCAUGGUCAUUUUUGAAAAAUGUCGCCCCCCGACGUCUUAUGGAUAGAGCAGAGGCAUUUUCAACGCAAAUCCACGCAAAGUGUUGCUCAACUGCAACUGCCGACCCGAUUGAAACACACUUGUUGAUGAAAAGUUCAGGAGCGACUUCACUUGCACUUCUAUGUCCACUAUUGCUGCUGCUAACCCUACGUCGACAACAGUAGUGCCAUUGGUCUGUCCCGCCCUCAGCGCCAACAUCAUGUCCAGGUUGUUCCUCGUUUCCGUGGCGUUGUAUUACAGCUCUACAAAGCUCCGUUUCGACCACGAUUUGGUCUUGCGACGGGAGAGCAGAUACAACAACCUGGCCGGUUCAACAUCUUCAGCUUCCUCGUGGUCGACGAGUAGAGACCAGGAGCUAAUCAAGGACGGCGCGCAUGGUAGAACUGCAGAGAAAAUAAAUCGGGGCAGCAGCAGCAGCAGCACCGGUUCAUCCAGUCCCUCUUCCGACCUCCGCCUUCGCCGGACGACCUUAUUUUGGGAUCAAAAUCCUCGCACUGCUGGUAGCCAACUGCAUGGAGCUACAAAGGAUAAGGAGCAGGAUGAGCAGUUGCGUCAUGCUGCGAGGCCGAAGUUGUCAUCUUCUGGAGCUGGUGGCAUCACAAAUCCUUUGGUGGACGCAGCCCAGCCAACAACAAAGCUUGUUGAAGUGCCAGUGGUGAGUACUACGGGCAGGACUUCUACGGGAGUCGCGACCACGAGUGGCGGAACAACCGCGACUUCCUUGCUGAAAAAGAAAAGCAGCACAGCAUCCACCUCUUCUACAUCAACCACUGCUGAUACUACCGCUGCAACAGCUGCAGCAACGUCUGCGCCCCCAAUUACCGAGCCACCCGAAAACGAGCCCCCAGCAGGAACAACUAAAGCGCAGCAGGAAGCGCGAAAAUCACUGAACAAGGUGAUUCGCACCGCAGCUUAUCUGCCUGAAGACAGCGAGGUGAGGAGAAAAUAUUUGGAAGCGAACCCCAUAGCGAGCGGCGAACCUUCUGAGACUGCAGAACAAUCCCAAUCCUCAACAUCAACAUCAACCCGGAAGCAGCUCGCGUACAUGAUUAUCACCGGCUGCGACCGCUUUCACGUCAUUGCGGACCAAGUCGAAUCUUUGGUGACCAAGCAGAACGUGCCUCCGUCCGAUAUCUACGUGAUGUUGACGCGUUGUCAACCCGAAGCUAUUUCCCAAAACGACCCGGCGUGUCCGCGGUUCAAGGACGUGAACUUUGUGUCGUUUCUCCCGGAUGGGGUGUUUCAGGACUAUGCGGGGACGGGGAAAACAGGUAGCGGUAGGAGACUAGAGGAGGAGGAGGAACAUCAAGGUGAACAUGAUAUGGAAACAAGUAGGUCUGAACCGAACGACAGUAGUGUUAACACAUCACCAAGUGGCUCUGCAACCGCUAGUACAACCUCGCACCCAUCACACGUUGACAGCAGCGGCGCAGAGGAGCAACGUGCAGGCCCAUUAACAUCGUCUUCCGCUACAUCUUCUGCAACAAGAAGACUCAGUGUCGGUGCUACAAGCGGUGCUUCUACCUACCAGUCCCCGGAGCAGGCGGCCUACCACAACUCACACAAACACACACAGGGCGCUAUCAAAUGUAAAAAUGUCUGGGUCUGGAACUUGUGAUGCGUGUUUCGGAUCCUACAAAGAUCUGUGAUGCAGAACGUGCAAAAGGUGCCGACUUCUGGCCAUGCUGACUGGGCAUUUCUCAUGCAGAAUACGCAUUACCAAGGAGCUGCAGAACCUGUGAUGCGAAGCCCUGCAUUCCAGACGUGGGGGAGCUUGAAAAAACUGCAUGACAAAUCUCGGAAUCUCCCAGACCCAGACAUUUUUGCAUUUGAUAGGCGCCGCGGUGGUCCAUGUGCAGCAGCAUAGUCAGAACGUUGUUUCCCAGUCCCAGAGAGAAGCUGCUAUAGCGAAAGCCGCAGCUCCGAUACAACUACCUCGUGGCGUACCUGAUCUAGCCCUUCCGCCGUCCUCCUUUACAGAAACGCGGAGCGUGCAGCAACUAACCGGAACGCAUCAAAUACAACAGCAUGCACAAGUCCCACGAGGAGCAGGGACUCCUGGCGUUGCUCAUCAGGCGAACAACAACCCACAACCUCGGCCCAAACCCCCAGCACCGCCAGCGCCCCCAAGUAGACCUUCGCCACCGCAAAUAAACAAACCACAUGGCAAGCCCCCGCCAGUGAUGGACGCGUUAGUGCUCACCCAGCACCAGGAACCCUGCACCGGGAUUAGAAAAAUGAAAAACGCGGGGGGCAUUUCGGUUUUCCCGGCUUUGAAUUCAGAAUAUUGGAAUGACCAGAAGAACGGGUUUUACCACAUAACAUCCGAUGCCGGCCCGAACGCGAAAUCCCUUGCAAAACCCAACCAACAUUUAUGGUCGGUGAUCCACGUGCGGCUGCACAUCUACUACAUGUGGGCGUUGGGGUUGCUGUUUCUCUUCUACGAUCAUGUUGCGGUUUUGGAGUAUGGCGUUCUCAAACGUUACAUUCUCAACUGUUACAUGAAUUUGUGAUGCAAGAAUGGCAACAGUCAAAGGGGCCAGCUUCCUGCUUUCGCAUCACAGAUCUGGCACAGAUUUAGGUGCUGUUGAGUCCUUCGGAGAUUUGUCAUGCGAAGCAGCUUGAUUAUCUGUCGGCUUAAGGUAGUUUUGCAUGACAAAUCAUGUAACAGCUGAGAAUGUAACAUUUGAGAACUCCAUAUGGAGGAUGACUUGGAUGUGUCGGUGUCUUUGGAUAUAUGAAUUGCAAAAGUAUCGUACUCGUAGUCGUACUACUACGACUUGCAGUACAGCAUGACAGAAUCGGUUUCUUAGCCAAUUCAGCAUGAGAAGUUCCAUUUUCCACCAUCUGGAAAAAAUUUGUAAUGCCAUUUCUAGUAGCAGAACUAGUACGAUACUUUUGCACAGUAUAAGAUAAAUUUUUCCGCAAUUUGAUCCCGGUUAUGGACGAGGACUACUCUUUGAUUUCCGUUUCCGCUUGGAACGACAACGGCUUGGAGGUCACGAAAAACAUCCGGGAUUUGAGUUCCACUUCCGCACGACCUGCACCCGGGAGUGGGACCACACCAGAAAACAGGAACUCCCGGCACGACGCGCUUUACGUGUUUCGCGAGAACCACUUUGGUGGCCUGGGGUGGAUGACCAGUCGACGUGUGUUUGAGUACUACUUGAUCCCGUACAUGUCGUUUGAGCGGCUGACGUCCGGCUGGGACACGAUUGUGAGUUUCAUUAUUGACAAGCUGAAAGUAAACGCGAAGACGGGGUAUCCAAUCAUGAUGAACGGUAACAGCCCCGCACUUUUUGGGCGGAAGAAAACGGGUAAUCCCAGGAUCGACAACCGCAAGUACUACGCGGACGAAAUGACGGAAAUUCUCACCUACCAUGGCAUCGACCCGGGGAAGGAAAUGCGGCAGAACGUAAAGCAGUACGAGAAGGAUCACGAACAUUUAGCGUGGCCCUGGGAGAAAACGGAGAGUGGACAAUUGCCGAAGUUGGAAGUGGUAGGACAUGAUCAUCAACAAGCAUCGGGCACAGGUACAACAACUACUUCUACUGCGAAAACCGAGCAAGAACAAAAGGAAAAGCUCUAUCGGCACAUCGCCUAUCUCGAAACGGGCCCGGGGCUGAAGCACUUUCUGUUUGAGUUAGAAAAAAGAACGGACAAGGCGGCCCAGAGGAUCGCAAUGUUGGUCAAGUCCAGUUACGACCACUACGAGGAAGAGACUCUGACCAGGGUCUCCUCCCUCUACCCCUCCGUCGGACUCACGCACCACCGCACGACGAAAACCGGGAUCAGUGUCAAAACGAAGCAAAACGCGAAAGACUUGGACAAAUUGUCUUUUUGGGUUCCGCCAGUCGUGAAAAUACAACAACCGGCUGUACUACCGGGAGCGCCUGCGCCUGGUGGUGGAGUUGUUGACCCUGCUUUAUCAUCCGCGGAUCCGCUUCCCCUUGUGGAAGAGAGAAUCCACGCGAACUCUGAGACCAAAGACUACCUAUGCAAUGUGAAUUAGAAUUUUCCGUACAUGUACAAAAUGCAUGACAAAUUCCGCUAAUCUUGCAGUGUCCAACUUGUCAUGCUAGACUAGGAUUGAAGGCAAGUUUUGUCAUGCAGAGACUGCAUUUGUAGUUGUACGUGUACGGGAAAUUUCCUGUGGACACUACCUCGCUUGGAACUACGAAAACUACUUGCGCAAGGCCGUCGGAAUACCGCCGUUCUUUGUACAAGAAACGACGAGCACGACAUCUGGUGGUGAAAAUCUAAAUCAACCCAGCAACGCGCACCUCCGUUGUCUCUACAACGCCUUUUCCGACACGGACAAGAAACCCUGGUCCUGGAUGCGGCGCACCUUCCACAUGCACGGAGUCGGCUGGGGGGAAACACUAUGUAGUGGAAAUUUUCGUCGUUGUACGCUGUGCAUGUCCAAGUGCUAGAAGUGCAAAGCGCAUGACAGAUGAAACUGCUGUUCUUGCCGACGACGUUGUAAGUAAGUAGCUGCUUCAGAAACAGACACAAGAAUCGCUCCAAAAUGGUGGCAAAAUUAUUCCUCCAUUUUGCAUGCGCACAACCCCGAUGGACGAAAACUUCCAAUCCAUACCCUCCCAGACAGGCGUACAAGGGUGCGGAAGUCGUUUUCAGCAAAGGAAGCUACUACUGGGUGGUACCGCGGUACAGCCCCUACUACAUGGAAACCGCUUGCCGCGUCUGUGACCGCGCCUUGCUGGAGCACGGGCACCAAAUUAGCGGUGGCGCGGUGGACCAGGCGGAGUUCCGGAAAUUGUUCAAGUUGUACUUGUCACUCGUUUCCCCGAGUGCGGAGAGUAGAGCAGCGGGAGUUCAGCAUGGCGGAAGUGGAAGGUCUCUUUCAUCAACGACCACGGGGAGCAAUUCGACGGUAGGAGGUGGUGAGUCAGCUGGUGCAGACAACGGCUUACCAACACCAAAAGUGGCUUCAACAUCACAUAACGACCGUGGUCCGUUACCCGCGUAUUGCGUGCACGGCCCACUGCCGACGUAGGUAGAGGGUGGUUUUGUUGGUGCGGCGAUCAUCGGUAACUAAAAAUGGCGCAUGAGGACGAGUGAAUAAGAACAAGAAGGAGCGCUAGGAAUCGUAUCUUCCGGCGUGGAGUGAAAUAAAUAUUUUCCGUUUCGUCCCUCUUGGCAAGAGGGACGAAGAAAUCUAUACAAGUAAGAUGAAAGUGCAACAAGAUCGCGUAGAAAAAAGGAAACCAGCUUGGCAAUCAUACUUACGCCAAUACCCGGUCAGGUGACGUGCGCGACCAAUUCUCG